AUGUCUUCCCCGCGUCUAUCCACUCCUCCUACAACUACUACAACUACUACCUCCUCUCCAUCCUCCUCUCUGUCCUCCUCAUCAUCCUCCAUCGCUCGAAAUCGUCUCGCCUCCCUUUCCUCACAAAUCAUGGGUUCCUCAAGCCCGUCCGUCUUCUCCACGGCCGUUGUGCCCGCCGCUCCAGAAGAUCCUCUCUUCAGUCUGGCUCAGGCUUUCCGUCAGGAUCCCUCCGACAAAAAGGUCGAUCUUGUCAUUGGCGCCUACAGAGACAAUAACGCAAAGCCUUGGAUUCUUCCUGUAGUAAAAAAGGCCGACGAGGCGAUCCGCAAGGACCCCGACCUCAACCAUGAAUAUCUCCCCAUCAAAGGUCUUCCAGAUUUCACCUCGGCCGCUCAAAAGCUCAUAGUCGGUGCGGAUAGUGCAGCCAUUCGCGAAAAACGUGUCUGCACACUGCAAGCCAUUUCAGGAACGGGUGCAUUGCACCUGGGCGCAUUGUUCCUGGCCAAAUUCCACCCCGUACCCCCCAAGGUCUACCUCUCCAGCCCCACCUGGGCCAACCAUCACCAGAUCUUCACCAACGUCGGCCUCAAGCUCGCCAACUACCCCUACUUCUCCGCCAAAACCAAAAGUCUCGACUUCGACGGCAUGCUCGGUGCCCUGCGCGAAGCUCCGCCCGGCUCCAUCAUCGUUCUGCACGCCUGCGCCCACAAUCCCACCGGCGUGGACCUGACCCAGGACCAGUGGAAGCAGGUCGCGGUCGUCCUGCGCGAGCGCCAGCACUUCCCCUUCUUCGACACAGCGUAUCAGGGCUUCGCGUCCGGCGAUCUCUCCCGUGACUCGUGGGCGAUCCGCUACUUCGUCGAUGAGGGCUUCGAGCUCUGCAUCGCCCAGUCCUUCGCCAAGAACUUUGGUCUGUACGCCGCCAACGCCCACAUCGCCUCCCAGCUAGCCAUCCUGCAGCGCUCGGAGAUUUCUAACCCGCCCGCGUACGGCGCGCGCAUCGCCAGCCGCAUCCUCAAUGAUCCCCAGCUUUUUGCCGAGUGGGAGGAGGACCUCCGGACGAUGAGCGGCCGUAUCGCGGAGAUGCGCAAGGGUCUGCGGGAGCGCCUCGAGGCAAAGGGCACCCCCGGCAACUGGGAACACAUCACCAGUCAAAUCGGCAUGUUCAGUUUCACCGGGUUGACCGAAGAGCAGGUCAAGAUCCUCAGAGAAAAGUGGCACGUGUACAUGACCAAGAACGGCCGUAUCUCUAUGGCGGGCCUCAACACACAUAACAUUGACUACUUCGCCGAAGCGGUCGACAGCGUCGUCCGGGAGACCUCAUAA